AUCCUAUAUCAGGCAAUGAACUAUGGACUCUGCUGGGAUACCGUGUUAUGCUUGCCACAAGACAUUUCAGGAAGUUCUUCAAAAGAAAGAAAAAUGACAUAUUUAACUUCAUGGGAGGAAUUUGCAAAAGCAGCUGAACGUCUUUAUUUAAAUGACCCACAAAAGUGUCGAUUUGUUACAAAGUAUCGACACUGUGAUGGCAAACUGAAUGUGAAAGUUACAGAUGACCAUGUGUGCCUUCAGUACAGAACAGAGCAUGCGCAAGAUGUGAAAAAAUUAGAAAAACUGACAAAUCAGUUAAUGAGGCACAUGGCAUCCAAAGAAAAAUCAUAACACAGCAGUGUUAGCCUGAAAGUGAAAGUUAAUAAUGAUGGACAUAAAGUAAAACUUUGGACCCUAUAAACGCAAUUUGUAAAACAUCACAAAUUUUAGUGAAACUUUUUCAUUAUUUGUUCUGUAUAAGGAGAAGAAAAAAAUGACUGACAAAAAGACAUACGGUACAUGUUGUAGAUUAAAUCUACAGAGUUCGAUUUUCUUUGUUUGAUGUACAAAUUUAAUCAUGAUUUUGUCAUUUUGUUUGUUUAGCAGUGUUUAUGUUGAUGUUUUAAUGCAUGAGAGGAAAGUUUGGGUGAAAAAGAGAAACUUUGCAGUAGAACCUGUUCAUUACAUGUAAGAAACUCACUACAACAUUUUUUUGUUACUAAUUAUCUUAUGAUGUUUUUUUUUUGUUGUACAGCAGUGUUUAGUAAUGUAUUAUAAUUUCAUGAAUAAAUUAUAAAAUAAGUUGU